AUGAAGGUGGAGGCCUAUGUUCCCAACUUCAAGCUGGCGUUCCAGCAUUUUUGCGUCCACCCGGGAGCUCGCGGCGUCAUCAGCGGAAUCGGGAAAAGCCUGAAGCUGAAUGAGUACGACGAGGAGGCGUCGCGCAUGGCGCUUUUUCGUUUCGGCAACACGUCCACGAGCGGCGUGUGGUACGAAAUGGCGUACUUGCAUGCAAAAGGGCGGCUCAAGGUUGGCGAGCGCGUGCUGCUGAUUGCGUUGGGAUCAGGGUUGGAGUGCAACACCGCCGUUUGGGAAGUGGUGAGAGAGAAGCAUCCUUUGGAGAGCAGCUGCUGGGACAAGUGCCUUCACAGGUAUCCCUGCGAUACCAAAAAAAACUACACGGAUGAUUUCUGUGACCAGUGGUUAAGUCGUGUCACCCCUAGUAUACAACCUACUUCCAACGACUUGGAAACCAACACUACCUGA